AUGGCGUUGAGAAACUUUUCGAAUUUCAAGUUCUACAAUGUCACGGUCCCGGCAGAAUAUGUGGUGCAUGUCGAGAUCAACCGGCCACAAAAACUCAACGCCUUUUUCGCGCCCAUGUGGUUUGAAUUGAAGGCCAUCGUCGAACAGUUGUCCCACGACCCCGAAGUCCGGUGUAUCCUGCUUUCGGGCGCUGGAGAUCGAGCAUUUACUGCAGGCCUGGAUGUCGAGCAAGCAGCCAAAGCUGACAAUCCUCUCUCAUCAUCAACCUUCCCCGACCCCUCACGGAAGGCGACAGUGAUACGGAGGCAUAUACUUGAGCUACAGGAAGUCAUCACGGCCGUCGCUCGUUGUGAGAAACCUAUAAUUGCACUGCUGCAUGGGUACACGUACGGGCUCGGAAUCGACCUAUCCUCAGCAUGUGAUUUGCGCUUUUGCACCAGCGACACCAAAUUCUGCGUCAAGGAGGUCGACAUUGGGUUGGCAGCGGACGUGGGGACUCUAAGCAGACUUCCGAAGGUCGUGGGGGGAGUGACCAGCUGGGUGAAAGACGUCUGUCUUAGUGCAAGACCUUUUUCCGCCCAGGAGGCACUCAAGAACAACUUUGUGAGCCAGGUGGUAAACGGGAGUAAGGCCGAGCUCAUUCAGGAAGGCAUCAAGUACGCCAAAUACUUGUCGACCAAAAGCCCUGUCGCCGUGCAAGGCACAAAGAACAUCCUCGAUGCUGCGUGGGGAAGGACCAUCGAAGACAAUCUUAACUACACAGCGGUAUGGAAUGCAGGCAUGGUCCAAAGCAGUGAUGUUCAGAGAGCCAUGCUCAGCGGACUCCAAAAGAGGACACCGACAUUUGAAAAGCUCUAG